AUGCCGGGCUGUCAGGCCAUCUAUGCUGAGGAGGGGGAAUGCGGCCUGGGCACCAAGGGCACAGCUUUCGACCCGAAUCUGGGGCUGUAUGUCAGUCUUAGCUUCAAACAGACGCACUUCCCUUGCAGCAACAACGAGCUGGUUUCUCCGGGAAACCCAGGCUGCAAGCCCUCCGGCUGGAACGGACGCGGAAGCCUGUGUGACCAUUCUCUAAAAUCUUUAAGCUCCAGAAUCACGGUGCGGAAGCUGCAAGGCACGUGGCUGCCUGCGGGCUGCGGGAACUUGGAGAAACCACUCCUGGGGCCGCGGGGCUCCGUCGCACCCGUGCUCGGCCCUCAGAAUGGCCUCCACCCCGUCCACGCCGAGAGCAGCCCUCUGAAGCCCAGGGUGGUGACCGUGGUGAAGCUGGGCGGGCACCCGCUCCGGAAGGUCACCCUGCUCCUCAACAGACGGUCGGUGCAGAGCUUUGAGCAGCUCUUGGCAGACAUCUCCGAGGCCUUGGGCUUUCCCAGAUGGAAGAACGAUCGCGUGAGGAAGCUCUUUAACCUCAAGGGCAAGGAGAUCAGGAGCGUCUCCGAUUUCUUCAGGGAAGGGGAUGCUUUCAUAGCCAUGGGCAAAGAACCGUUAACCCUGAAGAACAUUCAGGUAGCCGUAGAAGAACUCUACCCCAGCAAAGCCCGGGCCCUGACCCUGACCCAGCACAGCCGGGCCCCUUCUCCGAGGCUGCGAAGCAGGCUCUAUAGCAGGGCUCUGAGAGGGGGUCACCACUGUGGGGAGAGCGACGCGGCCAAGGGCCGCGGGGAGGCUGGCACGUCCAAGGCGGCCCCCGGACAUCGGGGCCAGGCCCCGGUGGAGCCAGCGCCGGAGGACAGGGCGAGGCCCCAGAAGAAGUGGGUCGGGGGCAAGCGGGAGCCCGAGCCUGCCAGCAGGCCGCCCAAGGAAGCUGCUCUGGACAGACCUGCGAGCGGCGAGAAGCACCUGGGCGUGGAGAUCGAAAGGACCUCGGGUGAGAUCAUCCGGUGUGAGAAGUGCAGGCGAGAGAGGGAGCUCCAGCAGGGCCUGCAGAGGGAGAGGCUGUCCCUGGGGACCAGCGAGCUGGACUUGGGGAAGAGCCACAGGUACGAGGCGGCGGCCGAGAAGCUGGUGAGGACCAGGAGCUGCCGGCGGUCGCCCGAGGCCCACCCUGCAGCCGGGGAGGAAGGGGGGAGGGCCGAGAGCCACAGGAGCAGCCCCAGGAACCCCACCCAGGAGCCCAGGAAGCCCGGCAGACACCCAGACAAGAAGGAGGACAGAGACCCCGAAGGUCAGGAAGGGCACGCUCAGGCUGCGGCCAAGGCCAGGAGGGAGCCGGGGGACGCGCCGCCGGUCAGAGAGGAGGGGCUGCGGGACGCGAGGAGGGAGGCCAGGAGCGCCUGCGGGAGCAGGCAGGGCGGAUUCUCAACUGUGCCGCUGUGCCUGCGUUUGGGCAGGAUGACUGUGCUGUGGGGGCCCGUCCUGGGCAUCGUUCAGCGAAAUGAGGACAAAUCUACCACCUUGAAACUGGCUGAUUUUGGCCUUGCAAAGCAUGUAGUGAGACCUAUAUUCACCGUGUGUGGGACUCCGACGUAUGUAGCUCCUGAAAUUCUCUCCGAGAAAGGUUACGGGCUGGAAGUGGACAUGUGGGCCGCGGGCGUGAUCCUCUACAUCCUUCUGUGUGGCUUCCCCCCCUUCCGCAGCCCGGAGCGGGACCAGGACGAACUCUUCAACAUCAUCCAGCUGGGCCGCUUCGAGUUCUUGGCCCCUUACUGGGACAAUAUUUCUGACGCUGCCAAAGAUCUGGUGAGCCGGUUGCUGGUGGUGGACCCCAAAAAGCGCUACACCGCCCACCAGGUCCUUCAGCACCCCUGGAUUGAAACGGCGGGAAAGACUGGCUCGGCGAACCUACCAAAGGAGGUGCCCCCCAGCAGUGAGGGGCACGUCCGGAGCCAGCACAGGCGGUCUGCGGAGAAAGCCUUAUAG